AUGGAAUCUAUCGAGUUUACGGGACCCAUGAAAUCACCUAAGCGAGAGCGAUACCCCUACAAAGAUGAUUUGUCCAGAAAACGCGAUGCAUUUCGUCUGAUAACGUUAUUGCGAGGGCAAUGGAACGAUGAGAUUCGCUGCGAGCUUGAUGUUUACUAUCGAGAUGAAGCUCGUUUCCCCUCAUACAGAGCCCUGUCUUACGUCUGGGGACGUUGGAGACGCGAUCCCCCAAAGAUCCUAGUGAAUGGCUACGCAAUCAAAGUGACGAAUAAUCUUGAGAUCGCUUUGAGACAUUUGCGAGAAGAAAGAGUUGACAUUAAUCUCUGGGUUGAUGCAUUGUGUAUUGAUCAAAACAACACGACAGAGAGAUCAUCUCAGGUUUCUCAAAUGCGCAACAUUUACAGUACAGCCAGGGAAGUCAUAAUAUUUCUCGGUGAUGGGUCACAUGCAGAUUACGGCGCAUCGCGUUUGCGCUCGAAAACUCCUCCAGGCCCCUGUCGGUUGUUUGGGAUCGACGACAUGAACAUUCCACUUGCGCACCAAACUCUCGACAAUUGGAAGACAUCAACCCUAAAGAGCCCUGUUCAAGCCUUGGAAAUAUUCUCCUUCUUGGCCAUAAUAACUCAAUUCCAAGACUCUUCAAGCCUCCUGAAAUUCUUUAAAGAAUUCCCAGAAGCACAUGUCACCACGCUUUUCGAAGCGUUAAGGCGUACUCUACUUGUUGCCUGGUGGGACAGGAUAUGGGUGGUUCAAGAGGCCGUUGUCGCUCAAGACAUUACUAUGCGAUACAGUGACGUUGCAGCGUCAUGGGAAUUUCUGGUUGAAGUUACAAGGAGUCUUUCUCGCUGGGACUUUGCAUUCACGAGAUAUCCGAGCUCCAUUUCGACCGAUUGCUUGAAAGUUUUUAAUCUCUUCUCGCGGAUUUCUGAUCUCGAUCUUCAUCGCAAGGAUUGGAAAGCAAUGCAACGCACAGAUUUGUUAUCACUGCUUCGAUUCUUUGGUCACCGAAAAGCUUCUGACAACCGAGAUAGAGUCUAUGCACUCUUAGGGCUGUGCAGCGAUGCUGUGGCCAUAAGACCUAAUUACCUAUUAAAUGAGGCAGAGGUGUACACCCAGGCAGCUCUUGCGAUUAUCAAAAAUACCAGGUCCCUUUCUAUCAUGUAUGGAGAUCACAGUCGCAAAACAAGCCAGGGUUUGCCAUCCUAUAUUCCUGAUUGGAGCACAAUACCUGACGAAAGUGAUCGCCAACGAGCCAGGAUUUUCAACCUUUAUAAUGCUUGCGGAGGUGUCAUACCAAUAAUUGAGAGUCCCGAACUACGCAAGUUUUUACAAUGUCUCAAUGAAACAGAUGAUCCCAACCAUUACCUGCACAAAGAGGCUGCCUUGGAAUUGCAAAACGCAUAUAAAAUGUCAUUUACGGAGCCAGAGAUUCAGAGCAUCUGUACAUCUCUGGUGAAAUACUGCAAUGGAACGAACCGCAAUCAUUUGGAGAAAUACAGCUUGAUCCAAAAUUCUGGCCGUUCCCUAAUAGCUAAGUGCAUCAAGAUUGGAACUGUGAAGAUCAACAAGAGUUAG